GCUAGGGGUUCUAUCUCUUCUUGCUUGCUUGUUUGUUUUCUUUCUUUUCAAGAUUGCUUUUAAAUCCCUUUGAGACAUUGAAUGAGUAGAACAAGACUUAUAUGGUGAAAAAGUUGCUAAAAGUGAAGAUGUCAAAAUUUAUGUAUAAUUUUUUUUGAGUUGAAUAUAGUAUAUAGUAGUAAAGAGGAGCUAUAGCUUAAGGGUUUUUGAAGAGAGAAGAAGAUAAGAAGGGGAAGGAGAAGAAACAUGAGUAUUAGUACUUUUUCUUUUUAAUUAUUCUUCAUCUUGGGAUUUUCAAGUGCCUUAAAAAAAAAAAAAAGCAAAGCACAAAAGCAAACUUCUCAAAUUAUUAUUAUUUUUGUUUAAUUAUGGAGCCUGCAAAUCUCCAUCACCACCACCAAAAUCAACAAUAUCAAUAUCAUCAGCUCCAAUUUCAAGAUCAAUUUCCUCUUAUUGGUAUUUCUCCAAAUUCCUCUUCAUCUUCUAAUAAUUCUUGCUAUGAAGUUUCAACAACAAACACUUGGACCCCAUGUACUACUACUACUACUAUCUUGAACAGUCCUGGAAGUGGUCUUAUUAAUUCAUAUUCUAGUGGAGCCAUCAUCAAUACUACAAAUUCAUCAUCAAGUGAUCCAUUAAACCUAGUUUCUAUGAUGAAUAGUACUACUCAAGAUUUGGGGUUUCAUCAAUGGGCUAAUAACAUAAAGCAAGAAUCUUCAUUGGAUAAUUCAUAUCCAAGAUUUACUCAAAUGUUGAAAAGUCCAUCAAGUAUAGAAGAAAGAGAAUUGAGUGAUAUGAAUGCUAAGCUUUUGCUUGGUACACUUUCUAAUAGUGGGAUUCAACAUUAUCCUGGAGAUAAUAAUAAUCUUCUCUAUUCUUCAAAUUCUAGUAGUAGUAGUACUAAUAGAGGGAGAUUUAGUCAAAUAUAUCCAACAAUAAAUGUUUCUAACUUGAAUAUAAAUCAAGCAAAUUCUUGUAGCUCUUUGAAUAUGAAUUUACAGCCAUUGGAUCUCAUUAAUUCUACAAGAUAUGGAGGGAGUUUUAGCCAAACAUAUGGCUUAACAACAAAUCAUUUUCAACAUUCAUCAAGUGAAAGUCCAGUAAAUAGCUCCAACAGUAUAUCAGCCUUUAGUAAUGGAAUGCCUGAAACUAAAAGGACAAGCAAUACUUUGGAGCCAAAUAAAGGGCCUCAAAAUGCACCAAAGAAAUCAAGAGUAGAUUCACGCGCAUCAUGUCCACCCUUUAAGGUGAGAAAGGAGAAAUUAGGAGAUAGAAUAGCAGCUCUUCAACAAUUGGUAGCACCUUUUGGCAAGACAGACACAGCAUCUGUACUAAUGGAGGCUAUUGGUUAUAUCAAAUUCCUUCAAAACCAAGUUGAGACACUAAGUGUGCCAUACAUGAAAUCUUCACGAAGCAAAGCCAGCAGACCGUUGCAUGGAGGUGGUGGAGAGAUGAAUAGUGAAGAAACGAAAAAAGAUCUUAGAAGCAGAGGUUUGUGUUUAGUGCCCUUGACAUGUUUGACUUAUGUAACUGAUGGUGGAGGAGGAGUUUGGCCACCCCCUAAUUUUACUGGAGGCACUUAAAUUAGGAAUUUGGCCACGUCAUUUUCUUUCUGUAAUUUUGUGAUUUUUUGCUUUAUUAAUGGAGCAAACUUGGUCAUUCUGAAAAAACAAAGAUAUAUAACUGUUAUUGUAGGAUGGACCAAGUUUGAUCCAUUAAUGGUUUGUUAGUUUAUAACUUUACUUUUUCAUAUUAUUAAUUAUUAUGCUACUCUUUGAUGCU